GGUACAUUUGAACUACUAAACGUCAAAAAUAAUACAUCGCCGUCGGUUUUUUAAAACAAAUAAAUAAUACCUAAUUAAGUAUAAAACUAAUUUGCACAAUCACCACAAACGAUUUAGUCGUUAAAAUACCAUAAAGUAAUGAACAAAUUUCAAAUUAACAUUAUUCGCUAAAUUGAUGAAGUGACGUGGCCCUAACCUAAAAAUUCAAUAUUUAGCAAAACUGUCGUGUAUGAAAUAAUUUUGUAUGAAUGCGAUGGAAAGAAAGAAAGCGAAAAAGAAGGAAAUGGAGUCUUCUCUAAUGGAAAACGGCGAUACGCCUUUAUUGGGACAAUCAGAAUUGUGCAGCAAUAUUAAAGGUGAUCAAUGGAAUAUAGCAUUACUGUUUUUCUUGUAUACUUUACAAGGAAUACCUUUGGGGCUCAGCGCUGCCAUUCCCAUGAUAUUGCAGAACAAGGGGGCGACGUAUAAACAACAAGCUGAAUUCAGUUUUGUAACUUGGCCAUUUAGCCUCAAGUUACUGUGGGCCCCCAUUGUGGACUCCAUUUACUCCUCCAGAAUGGGGCGACGUAAAACAUGGAUGGUACCAACACAAUAUUUUAUUGGUAUUUUCAUGAUAAUCUUGGGACAACAUGUUGACACUUGGUUGGGUUCCGACGGGAAAGAACCCAACAUAGGAAUAUUAACUCUCCUAUUUUUUUCUCUAAACUUUCUGGCAGCCACACAAGACAUAGCUGUAGAUGGUUGGGCAUUAACCAUGCUUAAAAAGAGAAAUGUUGGACAUGCCUCAACUUGCAAUAGUAUAGGACAAACUGCAGGGUUUUUCCUAGGCAAUAUUUUGUUUAUGGCCUUGGAAUCUGCCAGUUUUUGUAACAUGUAUCUAAGAAACAAGCCUGAGGAAGAAGGUAUUGUUACUUUGCCUGGUUUUUUGACCUUCUGGGGGUGGAUUUUCAUUGUGUCGACCACUUUGGUGGCAUUAAUAAAAAAAGAACUUGAAUGUAAUGAUAAAGAUCAUGAGUCAGUGCCUGAAAGAGAUUUGCAAACUGCCUAUAAGUCAUUAAGAGACAUUCUUAAGUUGAAAUCAGUACAGGGUUUAGUACUUGUUUUAUUAACUUGUAAGAUUGGUUUUGCUUCAACAGAUAGUGUGAUGGCUCUAAAAUUGGUUGAAGCUGGCAUUCCAAAAGAGAGGUUAGGUUUAAUGGCUAUACCUCUAAUACCAGUGCAGUUAGCCAUGCCUUUAGUCAUUGCAAAAUAUACCACAGGACCAAAACCAUUAAAUGUAUUCGUAAAGGCCAUUCCAUACCGUCUAGCCUUUGGUUUUGUGGCCGCAUUUAUGGUAUGGGUCACCCCAAUAUUGGUCCCCAACCCUAAAGAGGGCCUACCAUUUUUCUAUGUCGUAUUUUUGAUCACAUGUUAUGCACUGCAACAGGUUUGUGUCUACUGUAUGUUUGUCUCCAUCAUGGCAUUCUUCGCGAAAAUAAGCGAUUCUUCAGUAGGCGGAACAUACAUGACGCUACUAAACACAGUAACUAAUUUGGGUGGAAAUUGGCCUACGAUUUUGGCUCUGUAUUUUGUCGACCCCCUCACCUCAAAACAAUGCGUUGGGGGUCCAGAAAGCGUUGAUAACACCUGUAGAAACGUCCUUGAAAAAGAGUUGUGCACAAGCAAAGGUGGUAAAUGUGAGACGACUUUAGAUGGUUUUUAUAUUCUAACAGUAUUAAGUGCUGUCAUUGGUUUUACUUGGUUGUAUGCUUGGGGAAAAAAGAAAAUACAGCAAAUUCAAUCACUGGAUGAGCAUGCCUGGAAGUUGAACAAAAGAAAAAGAUAAUAAAUAUAUUUUUUUAUAUAGAAUAUGCACAACUUUUAUUAGUACAAGUGUGAAUUAAAUUUUAUUUUUAACAUUUUUUAUUAAUAUUAAUGUAUUGGUUGUGGGUUGCAGUCUUUUUUAAAUCAAUUACAUUAAAUUGUCCGUUAAAUAAUUUUACUUACAACCAAGUCUGUUAAAGUUUCUAAACACAUUUGCUGUGAUAUUGUAGUUAGUUUAGAAGCUGUUAUAGGUAAUAUAAUUUAAAUUAUUUUGUAUAUUUUGGUGAAUUGUUAUCAUAUUACUAUUAGUGUUUCAAACAUUAUAAUUGACAAUACAUUAAAAACGUUGAAAUAC